AAUUCUAAACCCUUCCCUUUCUACAAUACCAGACUGUAAAAUGAAAACUUUGUCACUUUACAGGCUUUUUCUGCUGAGAUUUAAUUGAGAAGUUCGCCAAGAUGACGUUCCGUGUGGAGAACAUGUCCUUCAAGCAGGGUCAGGAGAUGACGUUCACAGGGAAGGCCAAGUCUGGAGCCUCUAAUUUCUCCAUUAACAUCGGCCACGACAGUGACAACUACGCCCUCCACUUCAACCCUCGUUUCAGCCACGGACACAUCGUGUGUAACUCUCUGUCUGGAGGAAGCUGGGGAGACGAACUCCAGGAAGGCCACUUCCCCUUCCAGGAUGGAGAGCAGUUCAAGCUCAUCCUCAACUUCACCAAUGAGCAGUUCUACAUCAAGCUGCCAGACGGUCACAUGAUGGACUUCCCCAAUCGCCUUGGCGACUGCAAGUACAACCACAUCAUGGUUGACGGAGAUGUCAAGGUCAUCAGCUUCAAGGUCAAAUAGAGGUUGACCUUUAACCUCUGACAGUUGUCUAAAUCCUUUGAAACAAUACCUGUGAAUUUAUUUAUACCAACUCAGAGCUCUUAUUGUGUACGUUGUGUAGUGAGAGGAAAGCCCACUAGGUGGCGCCACUGCCAAACACACUUCUACCUGAAACGUGGAGAGACCAUUCCAGAUGUGUUAAUAAAACUGCUGUGAAAGCAAACAAUGUUUUUAAUA